AUGGCCGCACCAGGCACACCUCUAGGCGCCGCAGCGACGCAGGCCGUUGCUGUCUCGAACGCUGGCGGCCAAUCGGACCCUCUCUUCGCUACAGCAAGGUCAUCCACUCCACCACGCCAUGACGCACGACCAAGCAGCACCACCGGCUUCCCUAACCGGGCACCAAGUCGAGCGCAUACACCUGGCCCAGACCAGAUGCCUCUCACAAUCCACACAGCAGCACAGCGUGGUGACCUCCCUGCCAUCAUGCGAUUAGUCGACUCAGGCAGGGCCACCGUCCACGACCGCGAUGAUGACAACAUCACCCCACUCCACUGGGCUGCUAUCAACGCCCAACUCGCCACAUGUCGAUACCUCUUAGAUCAUGGCACAGAAGUUGAUGCCCUGGGAGGCGACCUUGUAGCUAGCCCUUUGCAAUGGGCAGCAAGAAACGGCCACGUAUACGUGCUCGAGCUCCUCUGCUCACGAGGUGCAGACCCAACCAUUACCGACUCACAAGGCUUCAACGCACUCCAUCUCACCGUUCAUUCCAGUGCUGUCAUGCCUCUCGUCCUCAUGCUCCAACAAACCUCCCUCAGCUCACCUGAAGGCCUCGACUCAACCGACUCACAAGGCCAUACCGCCCUCAUGUGGGCAGCAUACCAAGGCGAUGCCAUUUCAGUCGAUAUCCUUCUAAAACACGGUUCAGAUGUUCACAAACGCGAUAGUGCCGGCCUUACCGCUAUGCACUGGGCUGUAGUCAAAGGCAAUCGUCUCUGCAUUCGUCUUCUUGCUGACGCAAAAGCUGAUCUUCUGGCCAAAGAAGAUUCCGGUAAGACUCCUCGGGAUAUGGCCAUCGAACUCAAAUCCAUCGGUGCAUAUCGAAAAGCUCUUGCCGAUAUUGGCAUCGAAGAAGACGGCCGUCGGAAACAGCGUACUUUCGGAUCUAGCUCUGACCGGACAGCGAAGUUGGCGGUUAUGUUUGUACCUUUUGCAGCGCUUGCCUUUAUCUUUGCGACAUUUGCUUCCUUGCCUUGGUACACAGCAGCGCCGUUUGCAGCAGCAGAGCUCUUUGGGAUGCAUCAUAUCGUGACUAGGGUGAUAUUGGAUCCGCAGGAGCAUGAUUUCUUGCAGCGGAGCAAUUACUUUUUGGCCAUCGUAUCGGCGAGUAUUGCUUGGGUGGGAUGGGAGUGGGCAGGGAAACUGGCGACACAUACACCAGGCUAUGCUCCGAACAAUCUCUUCUUUGCUCUCUCCCUCAUUGUUUGCUGUUGGAACCUCUUCCGCGCAUCCACCAUCUCUCCUGGGUACGCACCUCUUGCCCCCUCAGCACUACACCGUCGCGAAACAGUAACACAAUUGGCUCAGCAAGGUCGACUCAACAGCCAAACGUUCUGCGUAAGCUGUAUGGCUCGCAAACCCAUCCGUUCCAAACACUGCAAACUCUGCAACCGUUGCGUCGCUAGGCACGACCACCACUGUCCCUGGGUCUCUAACUGUAUUGGCAUCGAAAACCAUCGUCAGUUCCUGCUCUUUGUUGGUGCGCUUGUCAUUGGGAUUCUCCAAUUCACUUACCUUACGGUCGUGUAUUAUGCGAUCAACGCACCGCCAUACGAUCCUCUACCGGAUAGUGCAUACGAAACGUGUCACUUGCCAUUUGCGUUCUUGUGUACCGCGACCACUUUCGAUCCGUUCUUGCUGGGAGUAGCGGUCUGGGCGGGACUGCAGUUGACAUGGACGAUAAUACUGUUGUUGGCGCAGGGAUGGCAGAUAAUGCGCCAGAUGACGACUCUAGAGGUAUCAAAUCUGGGCAGAUUUGGAUUCAUGGGUGGCAAGGGAGGACAGAGUUAUGCUGGUCAGACAAACUUUAUUGCCCAACACUCGGCACAAGCACGGGGUGGUGGAGCAAGUGAUAGGUUGCAAGGUAUACAGAAACAGGUGGGUGGGGAGAAUGGACAAAUUGAUGUCAACAUCCCUACCGAGGAAGAUGCUGCUUCUUCCUUCACCACUACUACGUCUGCUGGGCAUGCCCACCCACAUGGUCACUCACACUCGGGCUUGGGUACGUUGAAACGCAUCUGUUCCGCAUCCGGUGGCUGGCUGUUGUCCAUCGUCGGCCUGGAUCUCUACACCCGUGGAAAAGCAGGUGAAGGAUUAAAACGCGCCAGUGCAGCAGCCAACCCUUUCGACCAUGGCAUGGUUGCAAAUUGCAAAGACUUUUGGUCGAAAGGCCAGGAUGUUGCGAUAGACUACACUACACUGUAUGAUUUGCCAGCGGAGAUGAGUCCAGGUCAUUGUCAGGUGAUGCCAUUCCUGAUCGAUACUGUGACGGGAGCGAGGGGAGCGAGGUAUGCUAGAGCAGGUGCGGGCGGCGGUGACUACUCGCUAUUGAGGAGUGGUGAGGAGGAGGGAGAGGAGGAGGAAGAUGGGGAGGAGGCAGUGGGAGGGCAACCGGGUAAGAGAAGGUGGAGUAUGUGGAGCAAUCUUAGGAACGCCACCACUCCAAGCUCAGGGCCGCUGUUGCCGACUUCGAAUGCUCCAAAUGGAGCUUGA